AGUAGCUGCUGGCUCGAGGGUUUACUUCAUUGUCGUUGUAGCUUCCAUCUUGUUCUCCGCAAUGAACGAGAACAGUGCGUUACUAGGCCAAGACGAGUACUAUGGUGCGAACGACUUCAAACCAUUGCGCGGUUGCAGAUUGCUGUGUGUCAUAUUUGUUUGCAUAUUAUGCUCACCGGUGAUAUUGCUCAUUAUCCACGGUGGCGGAUUGUCGUCAAAGUGCUCGGGGCCAUGAUGGUAAAGAUGAGCCCGAAUCAGGAAGCCACGUUGAAGGUGCUGGCCUUUGAUCCAUGGUACAAGGCUCCAGGGAAACUGCUCGUGGUGAAGCCCUCGGGCAAGGAUAUGAGCGACAUCGUCAUUCCCAGAGAGAUUGUGGAUGAGAAGGGCCGUUUGCACUCUUGCGGUGGUCUCGGACUGAGUUUGAGAAAAUCGAUUGAGCACACCGUCGAUGGACACCUACGGGCGGGCGAGCACGGCACGAAAGUUGCAAGUGACACCGACGUUGCUAGGCCUCGCUAUCUUCUCAGUGGUUCGAUAUACCCCUACGAUCCCGAGUACGACGAGCUCUGGGCCAGCCCAGGCCGCAUGUGCCAGUGGCCUGCAAUGUACUCGUGGUCGCCCCGCUUGCCUCAGGGUCUCGGCUGGGCGUCCCUGACCCAAGCUAUCGACCUCGCCGACGCGCCUGAUGUUUUCGGUUACAUCUACUUCUUCGAAGUCUCCAACCCGCAGUACUACGAUACUGACCGCAUUGUAAAGGUGGGCCAGACGGCCGUCAAUUGCCCUCAGAUCACGCCAGAGAACGAGGGAAAGGUCUUCGCCAGGUACGGCUAUCGUGAUGCUUACCAGUUCGGCAACAUCAAGACUGAUGGAUCGGAGCCAGACGCAUACAUCUUCAAAGGGAAGGCGUUGGCGGAGGCCCAAGUCAAACUGGUGCACACAUACCGCAUCAUGAAACCUGAGCUGCCGAGUGCAACGCCAUCUUAGUGAUCAACGCCGCAGGCAGAGCACGGUGCUGGGAUAGGGGAAUCGGUGCCUGCGGAGAGGCCCUCCGCAUGUCAAGAGUCGAUUGGCGUCCUGUCCUCGUGUGUGUUGGCAUUCUUUCGCGCCGCGCUGUGAUGGGAAACGCCCUUUUGUGUUUACUUCAUCGCUUCGCUCAUUCCGCCAGCCCAUUUCGCAUCACGGGUGUGUUCGCGCCCACGGGAACGGUGGGGCAGGCGGGACUGUCCACAAGGAGAUCUUCGGACUUGUGGCUCGCACCCUGUCGAAGAGAGCAGAUACUCUUGGGGCCUCCGACGCGCCCGGCAGACACCCCUUUCUGGAAUCAUGUAACUGCUUUGCUGGUGGUUGAUUCAUCCGUGGGUUUUGUGCCGCCAGGGUGAGUUUAUCCAUAUCUGUGCAGGUUCUGCUUGAAUGCCCACGCCACUCCCCGCGGGAUCUGUGCUGGCCGAACGAAACGCUGUCCAUGUCUUCGAGUCGCCGCCGCUGGCGUAGCCUGCGUGCAAGUGCCCGAACCUCGUAGGUUCCUUCAGGAAGGAAUUCCUUCCUUGGAGAGUUCCUUAGGUUCCUGCCGAACAGAUAUAUGACUGGCUCUGUAGUCCGAGACAGAGCUGCCGCUGGCAACGCCCUUGUGCCUUGUGGAAAAAGUGAGCACGAGUCAGCUUGUCUCCGACGCACCCGCCAAACGCCCCUCUUGCGCCCCUCUUGGAACCACCUUUUGAAAGCGGCCCGAC